UCGCCGCUGCCGCCGCCAAAGGCCUCGUCGUCGCCGCCGCCUCAGCGCGCCCUCGCUUCCGCUUCCCCUCCUUCCCUUCCCCCCCCCCCACCCCUUUCCCUCCCCGCCGUCGCCAUGGACGUGAAGCGGCUGAAGGUGACCGAGCUCCGGGCCGAGCUGGGCCGGCGCGGCCUGGAUUCCCGCGGCCUGAAGGUGGAGCUGGCGCAGCGGCUGCAGGAGGCCCUGGACGCAGAGAUGUUGGCGGCGGGGCCCGAGGAAGGAGGCCCCGCCGGGCCUGGGGCCUGCGCCGGGGAAGCGGGACCGGCCGGAGGCCCCCCCGCGCAUCACCACGGCGGGGGGGGCGAUGAGGAGGAGGAAGAGGAGGAGGAGGAGGAGGAAGAGGAAGAAGAAGAGGAGGAAGAAGAGGAGGACGAGGAAGCGCUCUUGGCUGACGAAGAGGAGGCGGCCGUGGCCACGGCGGGAGCAGCAGCGGCGGCCCCCUGCGAGGUGGAGGCGGCCGAGCCCGGCCCCCAGGAGGAGGAGGAGGAGGCGGCAGAGGUGGAGGAAGCGGCGGUGGAGGAGCAGCAGCAGCCGCCGCCGCCGCAGCAGCAGCCGCAGGAGCAAGCGGCGGCCGAAGUGAAGCCGGAGCCCGAAGGGCCCGAAGGCAGCGGCGUGAACGGAGCCGAGAGGCCGCAGGAGGAAGGGCCCAGCGGGGACGAGGCCGCCGCCGCCGAGGUCAAGGAGGAAGGAGCCCAGGCCGGCGACGAGGACGACAAAUCCAAACCCGCCGGCUCCGACGGGGAGAGGCGCGGGGUCAAGCGCCAGCGGGAUGAGAAGGACGAGCACGGCCGCGCCUACUACGAGUUCCGUGAGGAAGCCUACAACAGCCGAUCCAAGUCUCCGCCGCCGCCAGAAGAGGAGCCGAGAGAAGGGGAGGACGAUGAGAGCGUCGUCAUCUUGGACACGUACACCUCGGAUCUGCACUUCAAAGCCAGCAAGGAUCGUUACGGGGGUCAGCCGCUCUUCUUUGAGAAGUUCCCAGCUCUCUGGUCCGGCGCCCGCAGCACCCACGGCGUCACCAAGGGGAAAAUCUGCUUUGAGGCGAAGGUGACACAGUAUCUGCCAGUGAAGGAGGGCAGCACCGAGGUGCCGCUGUUCCGCGUGGGAUGGUCGGUGGAUUUCUCCCACUCGCAGCUAGGGGAGGAUGAGUUCUCCUAUGGCUUCGAUGGGCGAGGGCUGAAGGUGGAGAAUGGGAAGUUCGAGGAAUUCGGGCAGAGCUUUGGAGAGGGAGAUGUCAUCGGCUGCUUCGCUAACUUCGAGGGCGAGGAGCUGGUGGAACUUUCCUUCUCCAAGAACGGGGAGGAGCUGGGACCGGCAUUCCAGGUCGGGAAGGAGGCGCUGGGGGAGCGGGCGCUGCUGCCCCACGUGCUCUGCAAGAACUGCGCCGUGGAGCUCAACUUUGGGCAGAAGGAAGAGCCCUUCUUCCCCAUCCCGGAGGGUUUCGUCUUCAUCCACGCCGUGCCCGCCGAGGAGCGCGUCCGCACCCCGCUGCCCCCCAAGACCACAGAGGAGUGCGAGGUGCUGCUCAUGGUGGGGCUGCCGGGCUCUGGGAAAACCCAAUGGGCACAGAAACAAACCCAGGAGAGCCGGGAGAAGCGCUACAACAUUUUGGGAACAGAGACUGUUCUGCACCAGAUGCAGACGCGGGGCCCGGCAGUGGAGGAGCUGGAUGCCAAGAGCAGAGACCAGUUAACCCAGCAAGCAGCUCAGUGCCUUAGCAAGCUGGUGCAGAUCGCGCCCCGCGCCAAGCGGAACUUCAUCCUCGACCAGUGCAACGUCUACAACUCGGGGCAGAGGCGGAAGCUCUUGGCCUUCAAGGGCUUCUCCCGGAAGGUCGUGGUCGUUGUCCCCAAUGAGGAGGACUGGAAGAAGAGGCUGGAAUUGCGGAAGGAGGCGGAAGGGGAGGACGUUCCCGAGUCGGUGAUGCUGGAAAUGAAAGCCAACUAUUCCCUGCCGGAGAAGAGCGAUUACCUGGACGAGGUGCUCUUUGCGGAGCUGCCCAAGGAGGAGGCGCAGCCGCUGGUCACCAAGUACAAGGAAGAGGCCCGGAAGCUGCUCCCGCCCUCGGAGAAGCGCCAGAACCGCCGCAACAACCGCAACAAGCGCAACCGCCAGAACCGCAACCGCGGGCAGGGAUACGUCGGUGGCCAGCGCCGUGGCUACGACAACCGGGUCUAUGGGCAGCAGCAGUACUGGGGACAGCCUGGAAACCGAGGGGGUUACCGCAACUUCUACGACCGAUACCGCGGCGACUACGACCGCUUCUACGGCCGCGACUACGACUACAACAGAUACCGGGACUAUUACCGGCAGUACAACCGGGAGUGGCAGAAUUACUACCAGGAUAGAGACCGAUACUACAGGAACUACUACGGCUACCAAGGGUACCGGUGAAACCGUCCGUUCCCAAACGGCCCCCGACGGAUAAUGGGGAUGGGAGGGGGUUGGGAAUGGGGUUGG